AUGUCCAUCCUCUGUUGUGUCAGUUCUUGAUCUAUGUGGUGUUUCUUCUCAGAUGGCGAAUGUGGCCUACCUUCAGGGUCAUCUGGACAGUGCAGAGAAGCUCUUCAAAGCAGCCAUGAGCUUCAUGCUUGCAGGAGGAACUCCAGAGGAUGACAACGCUGUUAUUGAGAUGUCUCUGAAGCUGGCCACCAUCUAUGCUGAGCAGAACAAGGCGGAACUGGCAGAACACGGCUUCAGGUUCUGUGUGGAGUCCCUGGAGGCCAAACUGGAGAAACACAAGGAGCAGAUGGAGGACGAGAGGACAGAGGAGCAGGAAGUUCUGAGGAAAGACACCCACCUCCUGCUUGGCCUGUGUUUGGACUCGCGUGCCCGGUACCGAGCCUCGCUGCUGCAACUGGACCGGGCCAGACAGGACUACAGAAAGGCCCUGGACAUCUGCAGGACAGAACAGGGAGACACCCAUCCACAGACUCUGGUCCUGAUGAGCGACCUGGCCACCAUCCUGGACCUGCAGGGUCGUCAUGACGACGCCUUGGUUCUGAUCCAGCAGGCGGUGGAUGUGAGCCGCUCCACAGACCAUGAGGAUCAUCACCUGCUUCUGGGAAACCUGGCAGGAAUCCUUCUGCACACAGGGCGACUGGAGGAUUCUGUUCGGUUCUACCAGGAGGCUCUGGGCCUGGCCAAGCAGGCGGGAGACCAGGCAGCCGUCCAGCAGAUCCAAGAGGGACUUGAGGAGGUGAAGAAGAGGAGGGGCCAGGAGAGGAAUAAGCAGGAGGAGGAGGCAGCAAAGCUACCCUGAUGGUGCUGAUGGUUCUACUGGUGACCCCGCCCCAAUCCAGCAUGUGCCCUUCUUCAUGCAAACUACAGAACAAGAACCCUGGACUCAGGGGGGACUGGAGAAGAACUGUGGGGGUCCGGUUCCCUGCGGUGGGGGCCCGGGUCCCUGUGCCUCCCAUUUUCUGAGCCGUUCCUGAUGACAGCAGUAAACACAGUGGAGGGGGCGGAGCUUAGUUACUGCAUGUUUGUUGUGUCAACAGAAAUAAAUCCUGAUGGUUGAA